ACAGGAGGAUCUGCCAGAAGCGAGCCUGUAGCGCAGACGCGCGCCGGGGUUGGUGUGCGGUCAGAGUCGGGUGGAGCUGUGAAGGCAGUAAGGCUGGCGAGUGGGGGAAAUCACUUUGCCUUUUUAUUUUUGUUUUUUUUUAUCUCAAUAAAAAUUCAAAUUUAAUCCAGUCUGGCUCGCUGCCCUCCGCUUUUAUAGAGUAAUAGAGAGACAAACUUUUUUACAUUUUUUUUCUCAAAAUGACGACCACCACCACUUUCCAAGGCAUGGAUCCGGAGGCUAAGAGCAGCUCCAGGGUGCUGCAACCACCAGGUGGAAGCUCCAACAUUACCUUUGGUACAGGAGAUGGUGACCAAAAGCAAUCUUUAUGGCCAAGCAAAACUGCCACUAACAUUUUUGGUGGACCAGUGGAUCCCCACGCUGGCAGAAGAAACAAUCCACCAGGGGAAGGAAGAUCUUUGGGUAUAUUUGGGGGUUCUGAAGAAUUUCCUCCAAACAAGAAAAAUAUACCGGCAACACAGCCCAGUUCCACUGCUGGAGAAUCUGCACCUGUAGUGGAAAGUGCUGAAAAAGAGAAAACUGACACUGCAAAUGUAGAAGAACAUGAAUAUGUUCCAGAAGAAAAAGAACCAUCAAACUCCGUAGGCUCUAAUGCAGCAGCACCAACUGCUGGAGGUUCAAGCAACCGGAGAAAUCCUCCUGGAGGCAAAUCAAGUCUUGUGCUUGGUUAAAUAUGUUGGUUUACAUCUGCUGUUAAUUCUGCUAUGAAUUAUUCCCCCCACCCCUUCUCCUUUUUCAGUUUGAGCUGCAGAGAUCGUGCUGCCAGUCAUUUGACUUUUUUUUUUUUUUUUUACUUUUUUUCAAAAUGUUAACAGAAGCACUUUAAGUACAACCUUUUACAUUUUGGCCUCUUUCUCUCCUGGAGCCCGAACAGGCCUGAGAGCGUUUGUUUUUUAUUUUUCUUUUCUCUCUCUCUCUCAAUCUCUCUUUCUCACUCUCUCUGUCUCUCUCUGUCUCUGCUGAUGUGAAUGGUUAAGGGUUUGAUUUUUGUGAAUUCCAAAAGACAAUAAAGAUUGAUAU